CCGAGCAGGACGCCGAAGAAAGGAAAGAAGACGCCGCCACUAAUGGCUGCUCCCAGCUGCACACGCUCUAAUAUACACAAACAUGUCGGGAGAGGCUGGGUCAAAACGGGCUGGCCCACGCAGGAAUGACGAUGAAGAGACGGCAAACUCGGUGGAGCAAGUGGCCCCGAGUGGGGGGAAAAAAACGAUAAUAAGGUAGAGAGAAAUGGAUCUGCGAUGACAGAUGAGCAAAAGGGCGGAGGCGAGAAGUACAGGAAGGUUAGAAACAUACAGUGAGAGAAAGUGAAAGCAGGAGGAACGAGGCGUUGAGGGAGGAGAAGACCUUACUUUAGAAGCCUUGAGGUGAUGGAUCGUGUGCGCAUCUCGGUGAGGCCGUUCAUCAGGUGACCUGGGAUGGGACCUGGAUCAUCGGAGGGAUUAGAUCAAGUUGCCUGUUUUGCACUUCAGAACCAAAAAACUCCCUCAACACGACAUUAAGUCUGAAGCCAAAACAGGCUCCACCAAACUAAACAUGAGCAAACUGGGAGAAAAAGUCAAGCAAACAAAGGCAAGAACCCCAUCAUAACUCCAUUCAAGACGACGCCUUCCGUCAUGAAUGCAUACUAUAUUUGGCGUCUGGCUUUAAUAUAUAAAAAGUGACACAGGAUCCCCCAAACGGUUGAAGGGUUUCGGUGCAAAACCGUGUUUUGAGAGACCUCAGCAGAGCGAACUAAUAUUCCUCACGUGCACCUAACAGCAUAUGCACAGCUCCCUUUAUGUCACACUGGAGUUAUGAUCUUCAAGAUAAAGAGCAGAUAUUUUUGGCUGAAAGAAAAAUAAUCUGCGGGCUGGAGAUUUAGAAGCAGACGGAGAGAAUGCUCUGGUGACCAAAAAUAGCGGAGGAGGAAGAUCUACGUCUGGGAAAAGAAAAAAAAAAGGAGUAUUAGAGAGAUGCAAAUAAGGAAGACUGGGCUGUUUUCUCUGCUUUCUUGGCCAAGAAGAGCUGGGAAAUUGCACAAUUUUUGUGGCGGUUGUCCAGUGGAAGUCAUCUGGGGAACAUUGCCUAGAGGGAGGCUUGGUUAGAUAGUUAGAGAAUGACACUUGAUGAAGACAAAAGCCAGAGCAUUUUCUGACAAACUUCAGCUGCCCACAUAAAACACUUGGACAGAUCCAACUGGAAAACCAGCCGCCAUUUUCUUAUUUUCUGUGCAUACCAAAACUUUUUUUUUUUUAAAAAAAGGAUUGUUUCAUCUUAACAAGAAGGUCGCCAACUGGGACAAACGCUCCCAUUUGAAGGGACUUUUUUGCUCGGCUGCAGAAGAGUCACUUGAAAACUCUGGAGUAAAAAAAAAAGAUGGAGAUGGAGCAAGGACACAUGUCUCUGCGUCGGGGAGUGAGCUGGAGUUCGGGAGGAUUGACAAAACCUCUCCAAGACACGGCAGGGAGGGAGAGCACAGGCGUGACGCCGGAAACGACAGGAUUCAAGACGGACCAAAUGAGCAGCAAAACAAAUUUAACCAGGAGCGUCAGCCUAUCCGAAAAGGAACUGAAAGAGGCUCGCCUAAAGAGUCACAUCAUUGCUGCUCAGCUCACUGUGCCUUCCAACUCCAGCUCCAGAGGCGUGCAACUCUUCAACCGCCGCAGGCAGAGAGUCACCGCCUUUACUCUGGAAAGCAGCGGAGAGGUGUCGAAGGACAACAUCGGCAGGAAUGUGAAAGACAACCCCUCAUGUGACAAACUGACAUGGGCAGAGAGAAGUCGUGAGGAGAAAGAUAGAGACUUGAACUAUAAGAAUUGUACUACUAUCAAGCCGCCCUUAGUGCCUACUGGGAAUCUACCUGGAGCAGGUGAUAACAUGGAAGAGCAAGGUGACCAUUAUCAAAAAGAAGAUGACACUGAGCACACUUUUAUGCAAGACAGACAUUUCCUCCCUGUAAAGGAGGUGGAGGAGCAAGAAGAUGAGGACGGGGACGACAAAGUCAAGAAUGAGCUCCCACCUGGAAGAGAAAACAUUAAUCCAAUUGUCAUGAGUCUUGUUGAAAGUGAAACAGAGACAAAUGAAGGUCACACGGUGCCAUCUCCUCUGGGAAAACUUCCCAAUGGCUGCCAUAGUACUGAUGGACCUCAGAGGAUAUUUGUCUCUACAUCGAAGCAGAACACUAUCAUCAAUCGCACUGCCAGGCCUUUUUUCUCACCGCUGACGGUGCAAUCCCAAGAGGCCACCAGUCCCGUCAUAGAGAGCCUCCCUGCUCCUUCUGCCUUUACUGCUCCCCAGCCAGUGGCAAUGUCACCGCCACCACCUCCUCCUCCGGAAUAUCCCACACCUCCCCUACCAGCCUUCACAAACAAGCCUCCAAAGACUGAAUACUCCACACCACCUGUCAUGUCUCAAACCCCCUCUCUUCCACCCCAAUUCCCUGUAUCUACUGCAUCUCAGACUGCUGCUUCGAUCCAAGUACCGCAUUAUGGACCCCCCACAGCCCCAAAGCCUUUUAGCUUUGUUCCCCAACCCUUUGUGGAAAGAAAGUCAACACCGCCGAUAAAAACAGGAAUACUUGAGGAUAAUUCUACCAGACGAGCAAGUAAAAAGUCAAUGUUCACGUUCAAAGAGAAGGCGGUUGUAGCACCUAACCCUGAGCUGCUCUCUUUAGUGCAGGGGGUGGAUGAAAAGAAGAAACAUAGACACAGAGGUGUGCCUGAACCAUCAUCUGAGGAGGAGUUAUUGGCCCUUGGGGCAGAAGCAUCCAACUUUCUUGCAAAAGAGGAAGACGAUGCUGAAGAAGCCAAAGCUCCAGAAUGGACCUCCUGUCUUAAGAGCUCCAGAACGUACACAAGGGUAGAGCAUAAACCAGAACACACCCUGAAUGAUGCAUCGGGAAAGGGUGCAGAGCUGUUUGCCAAGCGUCGGUCCAGAAUGGAGAAAUAUGUAGUUGAGACUCAGAACCCAGGUCACCAUAUAAGAUCGCCGUCUCCGACAAUGUCUCUGCCACCAUCUUGGGUUUACCCAUCAAACAUGCCAGGUAGGGUCAAGGCUAUUGCUAAAAACUCAGAUAUGUGUGCUCAGCUUGCGCACAACAUAAAGAUUCAACAAAACACCAAGCCAAAACCAAGACAAACACCAGCAUCAGAACAGAUUCAAGAGGUGCCUCCUCUAGAGAAUGGUUGCUCCAAGAUAGAGAUGGACUUGUCAAGACACCGGCCCUACCAGCUUAAUUCUUCCCUCUUCAUACUGAAGCCUGUCAAGGACCCGUUGAGUACACUACCCAAAGGAGCACCACAGUCCAGGCACCAGAUGUCACCUCAGUUGUUCUCUAGACAGACUUCCUUGCCCAACAACCCUGUCUCUCACUUUAGCGUCCCGUGUAAAUCUCCCUCACUCCCUCUUAGCCACACCACAGGAGCAGUGUAUCCAGCAUCAAGUCCAGCUUGUGGGCAGCCAUCAGCCGCUUUUUCUCCAGGCCGUGUGUCAUCUCCUCGGAUGGGAAUUCAAGCACCGAGGCCAAGAUUUUCUGCCAAAAAGGCAGGGCUUGAACCACAGAAACCGAAGGAGUUCUACACAGUUGAACCCCCCAGUGACACACAGCUUGGCCUCACCAAGAAGUCCAUCAGCACAGAUGGUCCAACAUGGACGUCCAGCCUUCAAAUUAACCGCCCCUCCUCAACCACUCCCAUCCGAUCGGUCACUUCCCCUGUUCCAUUUUCCAGUAGUAGAAGCCAGUCUCCAAUGGGUCACCAAAAUGUCAAGCUUUCCACGCUUUCAUCCGUUUCCAGGCUACUCCAGACAUCCACAUCUCCAUGCUCCCCCCCAUGGGGAUCAAGGUGCCAGUCCCCAAUGGUUGGCCAGAAUGCCCAAUUUAACACCAAUCCAUCUGCUCAUGAUUACAAGCCCCAAACAUCAAAUUCUUCUCGUUCUCUUCCGUGGGGUUCAAGAUGCCAGUCCCCCGUAGUCAACCCGAAAUCUUCAAAUGCUCAGCAAAUUUUAUCUAGAACAUCUACAAGCACCUACCCACUCUCUCCACCUAGGGGAUCUAGAUGCCAGUCCCCUGUGGUGGGCAUUAGUAGCCACUUCUCUACCUUCUCCUCAGUUUCUUCAUCCAGACCUUUUCAAACAUCUGCAAAUGCAUCUCAGCAUUCUCCUCCUUGGAGUCCAAGGUGUCAAUCACCAACGACCAUUCAGUCUUCUAGACCUUCCAAACCAGUGACAACCACUUCUCAUGUCUCUCCACCUUGGGGCUCACGCUCCCAGUCGCCUGCACUUUCUCAUAGUAGUGUGUCCUUCCCUUCUGCUCACCGUCUGUCUAUAUCCUCUGCAUCCUCUCCUCUACCCCUACCAAGGGACAGUCGCUGUAUGUCUCCAGUCAAUAAUAAUCUCGACUCCAAGGCCAAUCAUCGGAUCUUGGCAAAGAACAUCAUUAAUGCAGCCAAACGUAAAAACAGCCCUUCUCCAGGUGCACUGAGCGGUCACAGUCUUCCCAUAUCACCUGUGGGAUUUUCCCACCAUGGCUAUGAUUGCAAACCUCCCAUUAACUCCUUUCAGUCACAGCCAUUGGGUGCCCGGUCGCCAACAUUCACCAGUCCCCCACCAACACCAACGCAGAGGAUCUGCUCACCUGUGAGGUUCUACAACACACGCUCCCUCACUGAUUCUGACGCCUCCAUUGAGUCAGAGGACUCGGGCCUGCGGUCACCUGGCAUGCAUUCUUACAAUACUUGUCCCCGCGGCUGGGGUGGAAGUUUGAGGGUAAAGAAAAGCGCCAUCUCUACUGACCUGUAAGAUCCUGAUAUUUGCUUCCAUAGACUUGACUGGCAUUAGACUUUUCUUAAACACACACAAUUACAGACACAGAUCUUGGGCCAUGAAAAUGUUGUUUCAUAAUGCAAUUAGUAUUGUAUCUUAUGCUCUUACAAUGACAAGAACAAGCUUUUUACAUACAGUUGUGGUAGCUUGUACGCUUCCAGCAUACCAAAAGUGCACACUCAAAAUAACCAAAGAUAUUUUUUUGUAUUCACUUUAAAUGUUAUACUUUGCAGGCUCACAACAUGCAUACCUGGCUAUAGCUCAUUAGCAUUGAUAGAUUAGUUUUGAAUGUUAUAAUCAUUGUUUACUGGCCUGACAAGAGUCAACACGCAAAUACUUUUACAUUUCAAGACACAACAAAUGCUUGAAGUGAGUAAUGUGUAAAACAAACUAAUAAACUGUACGCUACUUUAAUGAAACAUUUUCAUUUUACUGUUCACCACAUAUUGGAGACUGUUCAUUUUUAUCAUACCGUAAUUGGUAAUCACAAAUGACUGAAGAAUUUAUCGCAGACUGCUAUUCUAGUUAAUAGAAAAUUGCAAUACAUAGUGCAGUAACCAGUGUAACGUAGCGUACGUGUUUCUUGUUGUACUGCCUUUAUUCAAAUGAAUGUACAUUUUGCAGCGACGCAGCAGGCACCAAGAAGGUAGUAAUGGGAGUUGAAAAGGGAUGUGAAUCAUUGAUACGCCAAUUCGAUUAAACUAGAAGAUCUCCUUUUGCUAUAUUUGCAAUGAACUUGUUUUAUAUGAUUUCCUAGAUUUUCAAAUGCUGUCUGUUGACCUGCAAGUUUAGGGGUUUAAGAGACUAGUAUUCAUAAGGAAUGAAUGGGCAUUUGACUAAUUUAGCUUGACUAUUGGGGAAAAUCAAAGAUCAAUCAAUUGGUUCUUGAUUUCUAAAUAUUAUUUAUUACGAUAAUAUCGGAUUAUCUUGGAUUAACUCUUGUUAACGAUAGUGUUGUAUUGAGUAAAAUAAUGCUGCCUGAAGGGAACGUAGUGCAACUUCCUAUAUGAGAGCCAGCUACCGUGGACAUUUGUGUUUUGCAUAACAGUGCUUUUUUUUUUUUCAAAAAUGUGUAGCUCUGACAAAAUAAAUAGAACAAAUACAAAUGUCCAGGGCAGAGGAGGCAACGUUUAUUAGACCACAAACUAGUUGAGACUGAUUCAACAGCGCCUUUACUGGUGGUAGCUAAAUAGUGCACCCUAUUUUGAUUCAAAAUGACAAUCCAUUCAACAAAAUCAACAAAACAAGUUGAUCAGAUUAUUCAAGAUAAUUGUGAUGCAUUAUUUUAUUUUUUUUUAAAUUUGAUAACAGUGACAAACAAAAAAGAAAAUGUCUUAAUAUUUCAAUUUGUCAUUAACUAGAAAUACACCAUGCUUUGCCUUUAAAUUCUGAGUUUCCUCUUACAGGCAUCAUGAUCUGCACUUCCUCUCCCUUUCAUUCCAGUUAAGAAUAGUUCAUUUCUGUUUUGAUUGUCUUCAAUGUCAAAAUAGUGAUGGUAACAGCACAAUCCAGCUCACAGACAAAAUGGAUGCAGUUGGCCAAACAUGUGGCUGCCUUCUGUUUUAAGCAUCCACAUGCUGCAAACUAUUCUUACACCAUUGCCAUAUUGCCCAGUCAUGUGUCAGCAAACACAGCCGAUCACACACCUGAGCGUGUUUUGAGAGACAAGGACACCUGCGUGGUGUUGACCUUCAGCAGGAUUAAACCCAUCACUGUCAUGGAUCGGUUUCAGCAACUAUUGCUGACACCCUAAAGACGGAGCAUAUUGCAAGUUAGACUUUUGCGAGCAUUGCUUUUUGGAACUGCAUUUUUAUACAACUAUACGUUCCAUAAUUGCAUGAUGUCGGACAUUCGAUGAAUAAUAAAGUGAUGACACACAAGUGAAGGCCCGGGGCGUUCUUUCUCUCCAUUAGACCAUUUCAUAAUCCAAGAUUAAAAUCAUGCUAUUUUAUCUUCUUCAUGAAGGCCCAUGUGUAUUUAUAGUGAAAGUCAGCCCUGCAACGUGAUUCAGUUAUUUGUGUGUCCUACUAUAAACUUAUGCUAUAAUACUUUAACUGGUCCUUAACAGAUCUAAUGAAACCUCCAAAGCCUUUUGGAUAAUUAUCUACUGAUCAGUUUGAGA